UCAUGUUCGUCUACUGUAUUAACUAAUGAAUAGAAGCUUACUGUAAAGUCAGUGUUGCUAAAAUAUUGCUCUUUUAUUUGUUAAUAUCAUUUUUGUCUUAUGAUCUCUCCAUGCAGGCUUUUCCAAAAUGUUAUUGAAGAACUGGACAACAAUCUCCGAGUUCAUCAUCGUGGGUUUCCCUGGACUACAUUCAGACUACUAUGGCCUUGUUUCUACAGUUUUUUUCCUCGUCUACAUCUUCACAGUGGCUGGAAACACUUUCUUUCUAGUGCUGUUUGUCACAUCAGAAAGCCUCAGAAAGCCCAUGUAUAUUAUCCUCGCCAGCCUGGCGCUGUCUGAUAUGUGUUUCUCCACUGUUGCUUUACCUAAGAUCAUAGCAAAGUACUGGUUCAAUGCUGGAGCGUCUCCUUUUCAUGCUUGCUUCUUUCAAAUGCAGCUCAUUCACUAUUUUGGGACAUUAAACUCUUUGAUAUUGAUGAUUAUGGCCCUCGAUCGCUAUGUGGCUAUUUGUUAUUCUCUACGAUACCAGACCAUUAUGACACACCGAUUAAUGUACAUCUUCAACAUCACGGCCUGGAUAUCCGCUUUCAUCGCCCCUACUAUAGCCACGCUGCACACCCAGCAGCUUCCUUACUGUGGUCCAAAACUUAUAAUUCAUUGCUACUGUGACCACAUUUCUAUUACCAAUUUGGCCUGUGCUGAAAACAGUCAGCAGAAGGUGGUCGCCGUAGGUGUGGCUCUUUUUGUCCUCCUUGUUCCUCUAGCGUUUAUCAUUUAUUCAUAUUGUCACAUCAUUGUAUCUGUGAUGAAGCUGGCAAACGCUCAGAGUCGCUGGAAAACCUUUGCCACCUGCAGCACGCAGUUGUGCAUCAUCGCUCUGUUUUAUGUGCCUCGAUGUGUUGUGUAUGGAGCCAGCAUAUCGCAGUUUCAGAUCAGCACAGAUUUUCGAAUACUUCUCAUAUUGCUCUACAGCCUCAUCCCACCUCUGAUAAACCCAUUUAUUUACUGUUUACGUACACAUGAGAUCAGAAAAAUUGUUUUUAGGUGGUUAAACAAGCAAAGGGUGAUUCAAGAGACAGCCAGGAUUAAUGUCAUUGCUAUGUAAAAAACAAAGGUCUGUCGUUUAAAAAAUGCUUAGAUUGACUAGAAUUGAAGACUGUUCUGUGUUC